CUUUCCAUCCGUAUAAGUCAAUUUACUUAAAAAAAUGAAACAAAUUCUACAAAAUUUCUUUGAGUUCGUACCUUAAGAACAUUGCCACAUCUGCGAGUAACAUGGACAAUGUGGCAUAUGACAAUUUCAAUGACACAGAAAUUUGGAGUUCAAGUUUUGAGAGUAUAACGGAUGACUGGAGUGAUUUAACAGACUGGAACCAAAAAACUCUUGACAAUAACACCAUACGUAAUGACUCUACACAUACAAAUUAUGUGCUUAUAGCUAUACCGCCACAAACUGAAGUUGAAACGAAUAUAAACAAUUAUUGGGCAUUACUCGCUUUGGUUUUGGUGUUCGGUACCGCCGCUGGAAAUAUACUUGUUUGUUUAGCCAUAGCCUGGGAGCGACGUUUACAAAAUGUAACCAACUAUUUUUUAAUGUCACUGGCAAUAACCGAUCUAAUGGUAGCGAUAUUAGUAAUGCCUUUGGGUAUAUUAACAUUAGUCAAAGGCUAUUUUCCACUUGGAUCUGAACAUUGCCUUACUUGGAUUUGUUUGGAUGUAUUAUUUUGCACCGCAAGCAUCAUGCACUUGUGCACUAUAUCUGUGGAUCGUUAUCUUUCCUUGCGAUAUCCAAUGAGAUUUGGCCGAAAUAAAACACGUCGUCGUGUAACAUUGAAAAUUGUGUUUGUAUGGCUAUUAUCAAUAGCGAUGAGUUUACCGCUCAGUUUGAUGUAUUCUAAGGAUCAUGCUUCAGUGCUUGUUAAUGGUACAUGUCAAAUACCCGACCCUGUUUACAAAUUGGUCGGUUCAAUAAUAUGUUUUUAUAUACCACUGGGAGUAAUGCUUUUAACGUAUUGUCUGACGGUACGUCUAUUGGCACAACAACGUCAAAAUCUUGGUGGAAAUAAUCAAGCAGCAGCUUCUGGUUGGGCUAGCGGUUGGUUUGGUCAAACACCAGCAUUAGAACGACGAUGCACUUGGCGACGUUUACUGAAAUCUGGUUAUAAUACCAGUUCAUCGGUAACUCAUGCUUUAUCAGCAAAUUCCACCGACACAGAAUUAUCAACACUUGACAAUCACGAGUUGUGGUUACCGGAUUCUAGUAUACCUGAAUCAACACCUUCAACGAUGACUGCAUUGCAGCAAUUUGGCGCUGAAAUGCUUAAAUUUUCAAGAGGUUUGGAAUCAGUGGCUUCAUCUUCAACUGGUUCACCUACGAAAUCCGAUUUAUCUACAUCUAUACAUCAACAGUAUUCCGGAAAUUCGCAACGCUAUAUGCCAUUUCAAUCUUCUCAGCAACAUAUGUAUCAUACACAAUCACAACAAAACUCAAGCGCUAUUGGAUCCCAUCAAUUUUAUCAGAGAAAACUUAAUCCUGUCACCGAACCGAAAAAUACAAAAGAAAAGACUCGAAGAAGAUCCGUGUCGCUCUUUCUUUCAUCUCAGAAACAAAAACGUCGCGCAUCUACUGAACCUACACGAACUGAAUUAAAGGAGUCACCAAAUAAAUCGCCUGUAAAGCAACGGAAUCGAUAUAAUAGUUUGCCGAAUAAUAUUAAAUACUUUUCAAAAGGCGAUCCAGAAAUAUUAAAAGAAAAAUUGGACAUAUUUCCAGCAAAGACUAGUCACUCGGAUACUGAAGUAGAAGGAGCAAAACAAAAAUAUCAUGUAGGGCAAAACAACCCUAAUAAUCAAAACAAAGACUAUUUACAACUACCCUUGGUAUGUACAUGCCCUUAUUUUGGUAACAAACCUAUUAAGAAUCAUCUCAAGCCCACGGAAGUAAGAAUAAUUUCAACGAGCUUCAAAAUCAAGACUACAACUUCAUCAAAUGAUAUAAAUUUAAUAUUAAACUCUGCUGAAAGCGCAGAUAGGCCAAAAGUAUUAGAUACAGGUAAUAAUAUCAAUCCACACAUUGCCACAACAUCCGGUUAUCACUUGGACAAUACACUAACAGUACAGGGAAAUGACACAAAUCUUUUAGCAGCACCCAGCAGUCCUUGUAUAAAUAAGCGCAAGUUAAGUAUCUCUAAGACAGCAUCUGUUGUAACAUGGGAUUCUGGGCGACACAGUAGACGACGUGGUUCCAGUUUUGGUGGUGUACGUACAUCUCUACUGCUUACUCCAAACAAAAGCAGUCUGGUGCCAACAUCUUGUUCCGCCUCACCAUUACGACGGUCAGCAACGCUACGCAGUCACAAUAACAUGAACUACCAAAAUACUGCACAUAGUAGUACAGACAUUGGUAGUUUGCUUGAUAUUAGCUCUAACAGUAGUCUAAAACCUAAAUCUAAAUCUCCGAACUCCUCGCCAUGUCUACUGCAACGCAACCAAACUAUAAAAUCCCACCACUCAAGAAACUCUAGCGUUAUAUCUAGAAAUUCGUCGCGUCAUGGUCGUAUUAUACGUUUGGAGCAGAAAGCUACAAAAGUGCUAGGCGUAGUCUUUUUCACUUUUGUUAUACUCUGGUCACCGUUCUUUGUGCUCAACUUGUUGCCGACCAUUUGCGGUAAAUGUGAAGAUGAAAUCGAUCAUUGGGUAUUCGAUAUCGUAACAUGGUUAGGUUAUGCUAGCUCUAUGGUGAAUCCUAUUUUUUACACGAUAUUCAAUAAAGUAUUUCGGGAAGCUUUUAAAAAAGUUGUGUUAUGCCGCUAUUCAAACUCAUCGAAUUGGCGUCAAAAUAGAUAGCUAGCGUCUUUAGAAGUUGGAGUUAAACCAAAAUCUAAUUUAAAGAAAACAUUAUCUAAAGACAUAUCAGUAAGCAUUAGUUGCACGUAAGAAUAUCAAUUUUUUACAAAAAAUACUCCUUAGGAGUUUUAUUGACUUUAGUUAAAAAUUUAAGUUAUG